AUGUCCGUCAGCAGUGGCGACGAACAAGGCGGCCAGCCCGGCAAGCGGCGCACAGCUGCCCCUCCUAUUGGCCCGCAGCGCCCGCGUCGCUCACCACCGCAGAACAAGCCGGGCGCGGCGGCACCGGCAAGGACGGGCGGUCCGCCACCCGGCGAGGAAGACAUUGCCAGCAAGUGCCUGCAGCUCGGCUUCAAGCGUUUCUACGUCGACGUCAAGCAGAAUGCGCGCGGUCGUUUCGUGAAGAUGGCCGAGAUGGGCAGUAGCAUCCCGUCCCGCUUGACGCUCUCCAUGUCCACAGCCGCCGCCUUGACGGAGAAGAUCGAGGAGUUGAAGCAGUACUCCGAAGCCCACCCUCCGGAUGCCGAGAAUCCCUACAUGGAGGCCAAGUCGAUUACGCUCACCUUUGACACUCGCCGCUACUACUUGGACCUGAAGCAGAACCAGCACGGCCGUUUCCUGCGCAUCGCCCAGACGAUCUCGGCCAUGACGGCGCACGACAACCGUGCCACGCGCAACCAGGUCGUUGUCCCCGACGAGGGUAUCGGCCCGCUGCUCGAGACGUUGCGCGAGUUCAUCCGCGACCAUGGGGAGGGCUACAUGACCGAAACGACGUCUCCCGACCUUCCUCCUUCCAAAUCGAUUCGCGGGGUCGGCGGCAAGACCUUCUUCCUCGAUGCCGGUGCCAACGAUCGUGGAUCGUUCUUGCGUAUUACCGAGUUCAAAAGUGCGUCCGGCCAGCGACAGUCGGUGACGAUCCCCUCCCAGACGCUCGUCCAGAUCCGCGACGCCAUCAACGAGGCUCUGGAGAAAUUCGAGUCGAAGGCCACUGACGGAUCGGCUGCGCACGUGGACCACGAACAGAUGGAGACCGCGGCCAAC